GCUGAGGGAGAUGCGGAACGGCGGCUGGCCCACUCACUGACGGACUCCUGAGGCCACGAAAGUCUGGCUGAAGUUGGCGGGAAAUCUAGGUGGCCCAUGAUGACCACGUGUCAUUCAUCGAGAGCCUAGGUUUCUCAACGGGGCCCGUAAUGAGAUCGACGGUCAGCACUUCCUCGAUCAGUCCGCCCGUCAGUCAGGAUUUAACGGCUGCGAUGCGUUUACACCUUCCCGCCUAGGGCAGAGUACAUGCGUGAAAGAAAUAUUGAGAGAUCUCUCUUUCCAUUUUCACUCGCUUUUAAUUAUUUUAUUGAUUCUUUUAAUCUUUUCCUAUUUUCGUUCUCUUCCUCCUCUUCAGCGAGUCGCCGCCAUUGAUUUCCAUGUGCCUCUGUGGCUGUUUUUCCUUUAUCAAUCACUAGAAUUGCAAAAACUUUGAAGAUUUAAAAAUGGUUGGAUGCAGAAUCCUUUUAAAGAAUAAAGCAGAUUGGCUGAGCACACUUCUUCAUAGCAAGUUCUUCGAUACAUGCGGCGAUCACCGUGAUCUCCGGAAAAGUGAAAAAAAUGUGUUUUGCAUUGACUGUAAUCUUUGCUUCUGUAAGCACUGUGUUACUUCUUCUGGGCAUUGCCUCCAUCGGCGCCUUAAGAUCUGCAAAUAUGUCUAUCAUGAUGUGGUUCGUCUUCAAGACAUGCAGCAGCAUCUUGAUUGUUCUAAAAUUCAGACAUAUAAAAUCAAUGGUGAAAAAGCUGUUCAUCUGAAUCCUCGUCCUCAAUCCAAGGAUUGUAAAGCAUCUAAACCAAAAGGAGGUGCAUCAUGUGAAGCUUGUGGGAGAUAUAUACAAGAUCUCCCUAAUCGCUUCUGCUCAAUAGCAUGCAAGGUUUUAAUAUUUGCAGAGAAGUUUAAAGACCACAACAGCAAGGUUGUCCCUUACCCAGUUCAGGAAUUUGCUCACCUGUCUUUGAAGGAAAGCGUCGACAUGGAAGUAAAUUUGAAAGAAAAAGAAUUGUCCUCCUCUUUGGCUGACUCACCUAUGGAGAUUGAAACCCAGACAAGUUCAGCAUUGAAACCAAAGAAGCAAUUGCACAAAAGGAAAGGCAUUCCUAGAAGUUGGGAUGGCUGGAGAAGGAACCUCACAUUGUCUGGGUAAAGACUAAAUCCUUGUGGUGUACAGCAUAAGUGGUAGCAAUAUUGGCAGGGAAGAUGGGUGAUAUUCGAUCCUUGUAUUUAUCCGGAGAGCUCUGAUUGGUUCUAUUGUUAUAAGAUAUAACUUUGGUGGAAUUUUUGUAUCUUAAUGGUUGAAUUGAAUAUUCUUCAUUAUAAUAAAGUUUUAAUUUUUU